AUAUGAAUCAAUUAAGAAAUUAGAGAGGCACAGACACCGAUGAAGUUUACAUAGAUCCAGAAAGAGGAGUAGCUAUAAAUGCUCGUUAAAUGAGUACUGAAUAGCAUUUCAAAUAUUAUAAAUCCUCAUUUAGUACAAUGAGACCUGAUUUGACUGAAUAUGAAUAUGAAGCAUUUGCAAAGAGAUUGAGAAUUGGUAAUUGAGAAUUUUAUUAUCAAGGUGAAUUGUUUUUAAAUCAUAUGAGAGUAUUUCUUAAUCAUGAAUCAGGUAGAAUUACAAAUCUUUAUCAUAUAAGUGCUAGAUUGGAUAAAGCUUUGGUAUUUGAUGCAUUACUAUAAUAAAGAACUAUUAAUAAUAAUACUUCCAAUUACGAACUCCUUUUAUUUUGGGUCAUAGAGCUAAUGCUAAUAGAAAUUGGGCUGAUGCAUCAAAGGUUGUCAAUUAUGUUGAGAAACAAUUAUUAAAAAUUACAAAAUAUGGUAACAAUAUCUAAUUUAUAAUUAAAGGCUUGGAUUAUCCUAAUUAUUAUGCCCCUAAAACUGCAUAAGAAUUGAAAUAGAGAGAAGACGAAAUUUAUGAGAGAUUUGUCAAAGAAAUGAGAAAACCUCCUGUCGUUGCAGCUUAAUGAAAUUUAUACAAAU